UUAGAUCGACAACGUUUCGUGAAUUAUUUUUUCAGUCGAAGCAUUCCCGUUUUGUGUAUUUCAAAAAUGGUGUCCUUUGUAAGGAAUCUGUUGUGUCUAACCAUUCUGACAGUCUUGGCUAGCACGGGCUAUGCCAUCCAUUGCUAUAGGUGCGACACGUUUUACAAUGACUGCAAGAGAAAUCCGAGUAAAUUGAUAGACUGCAGUACCGUUACACCUCCUGAUCACCUUAGCGAACUUUUUAAAGUUGGAAAAGCCACAGGCUGUAUGAAGUUACAGUAUGCUUCAAUGAUACAGCAGAGAACUAGAUAUGACUGCUACUUUGGCGAUGUAAGCAACAAACAGGGCUGCGAGUUGUCCGUAAUGGAGAGGAUGACAGGUUACACUUUGGCCUGCGAUGUGUGCACCGAGGAUAGCUGCAAUGGAUCCGGUUCCUUGGCUCCCAUUGCUGGAGCAAUAAUCCUUUUCUUAGGUGUAGUCCAUUUGUUUGCUCCUUAA